AUGGCGGCGGUCAUGAUGGGAUAUCCUCCCCGCGACAGCUUUCAAGGUUAUCCGCAACAGUACGCGAUAUACAGCACACGAGCUCAUCAACCCGGUCCCAGUAUGGCUCAAUCGCUGAACGUUAACCCUUACGCACACUACGCAUCGGCCGCCGAGACACAACAAUACCUAUCUGCGCAACAACGAUCGCAUCAGAGCUCUAGUGUAAUGGUUGGAGAGGAUGGAGCGAAGCCUUCAUUGCCGUCGAUUUCAAACUUGCUCGACUUGGCCGAUGGCGACCGAUCUUCUCAAGAGGCCGCUAUACAACAAGCCCAGAUGCAAGCACAGCAGUCAAAUACGAUGCCUCAGCAGCCAGCGCAAGCGAUGCCAGUUGAGCAAAGGCAGCAACAAACGUAUCCGUCUCAAGACCUUUCCAAUAGUCAAAGAACCGCGAUACCACCAACACCACCUUUGCGCAACGACUCAGUCAUCGAGGGUACGCAUAGCCCGUCAACGAUAUCGACUGGCUCGUCGUUGUCGGUAGCCCAACCAUACUUCAUGGCAUCAGCACUCAACAACGUCGAAGCGACCGAUCAGAGGUCGAUUGCCGCACAACAGUUCAUCAAGCGCCACUCAAUACCAUCCCAGCCUAACGUAUCGCCUUAUGGAGCCUACAGCACCUCGCCCUACUCCAAUUCACCUGGUGGAGCAUCGACCGGCUCAUAUUACUCCCCACCCGACCCUUCAUACCCACCACCUGGCUUGUACAGCCAGCGACAACUCCCAUCCAACUUCCCUCCAUCAUCACAGAUGCCACCUCCCAGCGCACCCAUGGCCCAACCAAGCCAACAUUCCGGCUCCCCGCCCAAGGUCUGGGAGCACCACCACUACAUCAACCCCUCAUCGCAGGCGCAAUUCCCACAGUUGCAAGAACGAUAUAUCUGCCAGACGUGCAGUAAAGCCUUCAGCCGACCGUCAAGCCUCAAGAUCCACAGCCACUCGCAUACUGGAGAGAAACCGUUCAAGUGCCCGCACGCAGGGUGUGGGAAGGCGUUCAGCGUACGCAGUAAUAUGAAGAGGCAUGAGAGGGGUUGCCAUACAGCUGCUGGGGCCGCAGGCGGCGUGCCGCAUCUGUACGACGUUUGA